CCUUUCGCUCGGGCCCGCAGCUUUCUGAGCUGCCUCCUUCCAACCUCUCUGGCAGGAGGGGGUUUCAAAGAGCUGCCCCCGAACUCCGGGCUGCUGAGAGGUCUCGGGGGGGUUUAUAAGCCAUAGGGUGCUGUAGGGUUGGAUCCAGGAAAGCAGCAGCAAAAGACUCGCCCUAGCAAGAGCCAGCUUUGGGGCACCAUUUUUGUUCCACCUGCUUUCCCCGCUGUUAGGUGGCUUAUUGUGAAUAAAAAUAAGACUUCCUCCCCCACCACGCUCACACAUUGAAAUUAAAGUAUUAAUGUUGUUUGCCUUACUUGUGGGGGCUUCUAAUCUUGAAGAAAAAAGAAAAAGUGGGGGGUUUUUUUGGUGUCCAUUUUUUUGUCUCUUUCCAUUGAUGGAUGAUUAAAUACCCAACCCAAACGGCGAUGUUAACUGCCUUUCCUAGCUUAUAAACGCAGGGGCUGUUAGUGACAUCAUGACGUGCCUGUUACCCUUGGAAUUGGCAAUCUUGUGUCAAGUCCAAUGUGAAAUCAGUCUCCAUUUACUGGCUAAUGGACUCGGCUUCACACCGUGUACUACAACACCUAAUUCACUAGAGUACAUUCUCCUGUGAUUGAUGGUUCUUUAUUGUUGGAAAACAACCAGUAAAAGUUCAUGCAAAGGGGUUUGGAUUCACAAACUAAAAAACAACUAGAAGAAGAAGAAAAGAAGAUAAUUAGUGAAGAACACUGGUAUCUUGAUUUACCAGAUCUAAAGGAAAAAGAGAGCUUUAUAAUAGAAGAGAGGAGCUUUAUGCCAUGUGAGGAUCUACUUUAUGGCAGAAUGUCCUUCAAAGGAUUCAACCCAGAAAUUGAGAAGUUAAUGAUCCAAAUGAACUCUAGGUGCAAGGAAGAAGAAAUUGAAGUGGAUGAUAAAAUGGAGGCUGAUGUGUCAGAUGAAGAAAUGGCCAGAAGAUAUGAAACAUUAGUGGGAACAAUAGGGAAGAAAUUCUUGAGAAAAAGAGACCAGCAUGUACUCCAGGAUGAAGAUGACGAUGGGAAUAGUAACACAAGACCUAGCAAAAAAGCUAAGAAAAAGUUCUUAAAACCUCAGGAUUAAUGUCAGCUGCACAACUGGAGCUAAUAGAAAUGUUAUCUACCAAAUAUACUGCCACGAACAGGAGAUUGUUUGGAGUUUUCGCUAUUUAAUGUAAAGGAUAGAUUUGUAAAUCUGAGUCUGUUCUCAUUGAAAUUUCUACCAUCCACACGAAAAGCAUUUUUCAAAGUGGAUGUGUAUAUAAUGGAUGUCAUACAUCCUUUCCUCUCUCAGCAGCUUUUAAUGUGUGGGGCACUAAUCCCAUCAGCCUUCUUAAAUGUUGUGCAUAAUUAGAUUGAGUGUCACAUGCAAUCGAGUGCAACAUUAUUUACAAUUUAUGAUAACAUCUGAGAGAAGUAUUUGGAGUAAAGACGAGCUUUGUCCAAUCCAGUAAGGCAGUUCAGCUUUCACUGCUGUUUUUAUUAUGAAAAUGGAAACCUUUGCUGUCUUCAAAUUGAAAAAAGUCAUCAGAAACAUGUUUUGCUGUUUUUUACUGUGCUAAAAAUAAGAUGAGAAAAGAACAGAGAGAUAAGAUCCAUUUUGUUGAAUUUUAUUUUUUAUAAAGCUUAUUUAAAAAUAGAGGGGUUUGUAGUAAAUGUUUUUUUUAUAGAGCAAGCCAAAUAUUGGGCAACAUUUACAGUUUGACACUUGAGCAGAUUGUGAAUCUUAAUUUCUGUCUUCCAAAAGAAGUUUGCUAAUCUUGUCUCCUUUUCAGCAAAAAACCCUCAAUCUUGUAAUUAUCUAGGUCUUGUCAUAAAAGCAUAAUAACAGCUUCAGAAACAUACUUGAAAGCUGAAUAAAAAACGAUUUUUUUUGUGGUUAAUGAUUGUGGUUUAGCUAAUUUAAUGUAAAAAAUCUGCCUAAUACAGUCUAUAUAAGAAGUGAUCCUGUUUUGUGCUGGCCACAGAUGUCCCCAAAUAUUAAUUGACUGCACUGACUUUUUCUGUUUAGUGUGCAAUGAAGUAAUGUUAGGACGGAAACACCAUGCCCUUUGGUCAGUCAGUGCUCUGGGCCUAUUGAAAAAUGUCAAAGUGGUCUUGUCUAAAGUUAUAGCAGUUCUCUGUAUCCUGGCUUUCAACAAGAAAUAUUUCUUUCUAUUACUUCAUUUCCCCAGCUAGAUUUCUAAGUUACUCAUCCUUAAUGCUGACUCUGGAGAAAGAGGAAUUUGUUAAAUUGAAGCAAGUAGUGGCCAUUCAGUCAUGGACGCGAGAGGUUUGGAUUUUUUUUUUUUUUGUCUUUUAACAACUCUGUGAAGCAAGACAUGAAACUCAAUUAUAUAAAGAAAGAGACUCUGUGUCUGCUGUAUUUUGCAUGUGAUAAUAUGAACUAUCAUCCAUAUAUCCAGAGCGCCUCAUUAGAUAUUCAAGAUGGAUCACACAUGGAAAGAGAAAUACACUUUUAAGCUACUAAGGGGACCUUACACAGGUGGGAAGUCUGUGAUUCAUGAUCUGAGAUAGUUUUUCAGAGCUAAUUAGAUGCUACUGGUUCAAUUACGUAAAACCUGAUCAUAUAUUAUUGCGAGCUGAAAAGAAGUUAAUGAUGGCAAGACAUUUGUCUUCCCAUGGAAGAUGUGACCUGAGCUAAGAAAAGAUUUAUUAUUGUUGGUCAUCACAAGGAAAACUCGGAAUAUAUCCCAUUAUUCUUUUUUGCUUAUUAGUAGGGAAAUGAUUCCCCUCUAUUUGAAUACAUUUCUUCAAUGGAGAGAGAAUUUCUGCAGAGCUAUGCUGGAUACUUGAAGGGGGGAAGGUGUGGUCUAAUGAACCACUGGCAACCAGGAGAUGCCACUCCAAUUGCAUGGCCUGAGAGACAAUGGAUUGGAGAAGGUUCCAGUGGUGUCACGCAAAGGAGCUUUGGGGCGAUUUCGGUAACGAUUACUGGCUCAGAUGAACCCUGUGUGAAGUCUUUCUUUGCCAAGGCUCUGUGCAGAGAGCUCUCUUGCAUUGCAGAGUUCUUUUCAGUCCAAUGGGGGCUAAUUUUGCACAGUUAAAGGACGUUCUGCCAUAUGUUGGUCCUUAAUUUCCUGUCGUUUCUUGAGGGAUGGCUGGAAGUGUGAGUGGCGUGGUGCGUGGGUAAGAGCCUGAGUGAACUCUUAACAGCUUCCUAGAAAAUCCAUGAUUUUGGAAUUUGGGUGAGGGGAAGGGUGGUUCUUCUGCUUUUUAAACCUGUCCAACUCCAGCUGUGAAGAAAUGAUAGAUUUUGGUUUAUUGUCUUCAAAUCUGGGUGCUCUGCUGUUCACAUUUAGCUGAAGACUAGGUGAGCUAUUGAAAUGCUACAGUAAGACCAACUACUAAUUUUUAGCACAAUCUCUUAUUCAUGGGAAGUUUGUAAAAUGCACCUUUAAAAGCACCACUCAUAGUGCAUUAUUAUGAGCAAGACAAAACUAAAGGCAGCCGUAUGUGACUUUUUAAAUGUACUUUUCAGUUCCCACAGGUAAGAGCAGGCGUUUUAUGAUGGGAUUUUCUGAAAUACCCAUCUAUAUUUCCAGCCUUAUAAAUACAUAUAUAUUCACGCAUGUAUUUUAAGUCUGGCUCUAGCUUCCUAGCCAGGGUAGAAACAUUCUGCUAUAUAAAAUCUGUGCUUGAACGACUCUUGACAGAGAUGUAAGUGUAGCGGUGAAAUAUUCAUAAUGUGAACCUACAUUAAUUCACACUUUCUUGGCUCUGACAGAGUCUCAAAUACAGAUGCAUUUUCAUGUGCGGUUUCCUAAGCUGUAGAACUUCCCCACGUGGUCGUGUUUCUAAAUGAAAAGCGUUUCUUCUUUGAGAAGAAAAGCAAGUUGGGUAAGUGGUAAGCACUUUUGGUAAAGAAAAUGGCUACCUGCAAAAGUUAAUGGGUUAAGAGUUACCAGACACCAGAAGCGCUGGUGCCUGUUACACCACGGUACCCAUUAAAGUGAACAAAGCAACGUGUGCGCUGUAGGUCACGCUCACAGGCGGCUCACGGUGUUAAGUGUGUCUCUUGUCGGGUGAAGUUUUGUCCCUCCCUUUGACAGGCUGACGGUAUUUAUUUCUGUAAUACCUGCUGAUGCUGGAAACAUGGAACUACUGAACAACUUCAUUUUUCUUGCUGAUGUUUCUCAUUUUGUUACUUUCAUUCUGCUUAAUGCUGGAUCUUAAAAAGUCAGGACCAGAGUCCAACUGAAGCGAGUCAUCCUGUAUCCUCCCUUUAGUAACGCAUGAGCUGAUUAAACUUUGAUUCUUUGGGGAGAGGGGAGGGUGUUCAGUGGUGCAAUGGAGUUUGAACCAUGUUUCUUCUGUUAUGUGUCUUGUUUUCUAAUAAGACAUUCCUUUAUACAAUUCUACAAUCACGGCUGGCUUGUCGUUGCCAUUGGGCGUUGCGUGUAUGUGUAAUGGGCAGCUGGGCUGGGAUUCUGGGACUUAAUCCAGCAUUCAGACUUACAAAGAAAUUGUCUCGUCUUUCUGUUAA